AUGAAAAUGUCGUCUGAAAUGCAUUGGUAUUAUAAUUUUAUCACCGGCACCUACAGCGCUGUUAAUAAUGCUGAGGACAUAUACAAGGGGGCGGCACCGGUACGCUGUAACUCCACGCGCACUAACCAAAAGAUUGAGGGCUUGUUAGCCGUGGUAUUCCCAGUGGGAACGGCACAACAGGUCCCGGAAACGGCUGCCCAACUCCGGGAGUAUUGUAACCUGUAUGGCAAAAAUUUCCCCUUUGUACUGGGUUAUUUUAAAAAUUGCGUGGGUCAAUUCUCGAAAACAGUAGCCAAGGUGAUUUUGUACUCUCUGAAAAAGCAAACCGACUCGACCUGUAAGCCUGGUAAGAUUAGUAGGCAGGCCAGGGAGCUUAUGGCGGCGGGUGGUUGCGCUAAUAAGGCCAGGGAUGGCAUCCAGGGGUGCAAUAAAAAGCUUAUUGACUCACUAUUGGGGGUUAAGUCGGCGGAGCUUAAGGAUCGCAUUUAUAUGACCUGUUGGUAUAUUUUGGUCCAUUCAAACGCAUACCGUAUUUGUCUGAGGGAUACCACGGAGGAUACCCCGGGCUGUACGGCCCAUACCGUGGACUGGGCCGAGAAGUUUGUCCUAAAGGUGAUGGGCUCAUCCAUAUCCCUGGUGUGCGGCGAGUACUUCGAGGAGUCCGACAAAUGCCGUAAACUGGUCGACAAAACGCCGAAACCGGAUUUGCCGAAAAACUACGUGAAACCCAAAAAUUUUAUACUACCCAUGCUCGAGCUCAUGGAGACUUUCCCGGAUAUCUAGGACGGGUAGUUUUUAAUAAUG